AUGAAGACUAGUGUGGGAAGGGUCGUUUUGGAUGCACUUGAGCAGGGGUCCCCAACCCCUGAGCCAUGGAGCCUGGCCUAUUUAGGCCCAUACCCUACCUCACGGCAGUCUCCGCAGAUGAGGCUACUGCCUCACAACAGCCUCCACAGGCACAGCUCCAUCGUUACAAUGGCCUCUUUAGACCCAGCUCCUGCCUCCCAGCCUUCUCUCCAGGCCCUGAACUUUCUCAAGUCGACCUCACCAGGCCCAGCUCCUGCCACUCAUUGGCUUCCCAAGGGCCAGCUUUUGCCUCACGGCCACCUUCCAAGACCCAGCUCCUGUUUUACAGCCCAAAACUGCCUCAAGUCAAGCUUUCCAGGCCCACCUUCUGCCUCCCAAUGGCCUGGACAGGCCCAGCUCCUGCGUGACAAUGGCCUCUCCAGGCCCAGCUUUUGCCUCACAGAGGCCUUCCCCAAACAAGGUCCUACCUGCCUCCCAGCAGCCUCAACAGGCCCAGAUCCUUCCUCACACUAAUCUCAUUAGGCCCAGCUCAUGCCUCACGGUGGCCUCUCCAGGCCCAGCUCCUGCCCCCCGACAGGCUGUCCAUGUCCGAAACUUCCUCAAGUCAGCCUCUCCAGGCACAGCUCCUGCCUAACAUUGGCCUCUUUAGGCACAGAUCAUGCCUUGGUGGCCUCUCCGGGCCCAGCUCCUGCAUCCCAGCAGCUUCUCUAGACUGAGAACUUUCUCAACUCUGCCAUUCCAGGCAGGCCCAACUCGUGCCUUCCGUCGGCCUCUACAGGCUCAACCUCUGCCUCACAGCAGAUUUUCCCGGCCCAGCAUGUGCCUCACCGCAACCCCCUAGGCCAAGCUCCUGCCUUUCAGCAGCCUCUACAGGCCCCACUCCUACCUCAAUGGC